AUGGCUCGGGACAUCGUCCGGUACACGCCCGCGCAGCUACACCACCUGCGCGACUCUCCUCUGGUUCAGAGGCCGGAUGGCCUGCCCUCUAUUGAACAAUGGAUGGAACCACAGCCGGACCAGGCCAACAGACGACCACGGUCGCAAGUGCUACGAGAUGGCGAACAGCCUGCAAAUGGCGAGGCUCGCGCUGACCGUCCUAUCCUAAACGCCUUGGGCAUGGGCAAUUUCGGACGACGUCCAAGUGCUCAGCCUGAAGAUACAGUCCUCGGCCCCCCAAAGUUAUCCUUCACAUCGGCAUCUCGAAAUGCGAAACCCCUAGACGGCACAGAAAAGCGUGGACUCCCAGCAUUCGAUUCCGAGGGCUCACUCGCGGACCGCAUUGGGCCGCGUGAGAGGUGGUCCAAAGACCGCUUCGAAUCUGACCGUAGUCGCGACAAAGCCGGCUUUCGGAACGGACGAGGCGGGGGACGCGAAGAAGGUGAAGGCUGGACAAAUGUGAAAUCGCGCAAGAGCUUGGGACAAGACGAGAUUGAGCGUCCACACCGUAACGGGGAUAGGGAUAGGUUCCACAAAGAUGGCGAUCUGGACAACGGUGAAUCGGGUACGAGGCGACCUGGCUUGGGUAGGGGUAGAUUCGAACAACCUUGGGGACGUGAGGAUUCUGCGACCAAGGAAGGAGAUGGUGCCAAGACAGGGACACGAGGACAAGGUUGGCGGGAUCGAGAGAGGGACAAGGAACGCGAUCGAGACCCUCCCCGUGAGCGAGAUUGGACUAGAGGUCGUGGAGGAAUAGAGGAAGACCCAGAGUGGAUGGACACUGUUGUCACCGAGAAGAAACCCGCUCGAACCCAGGAAGAUUUUCAGCGAUGGAAGGAGGAGCAGAAAGAGAAGACUAAGCCUCAAGACAAGAAAGAGCCGAUUCAAGAACCAGCUCCGAGUGCCCCGGAUCCAGUAUCGGUGCCGGUUCCAACCCCACAUGCAGCACAGCAAAAGUCAGUCGCGCCAUUCGCCAUGGAUGUUGGGACGGAGAAGCUGUUCGGUAUGUGGGGCGAAGACAAGCGCGCAGACUCCAAUGCUGCAGAAAAUGCUACAUUGGCGAAAACGACCAAGGCGAAGCCCAAACCUUCCCGAUUUGCGGGCCUGUUUUCUCCGCCUGAGGACUCAGUUAGAAAGCUUCAGGCGCCUCUGGAGACACCUACGUCACCGCCGCCGGCAGCAAACCACAGCACGAAUACUGAGGACAAGGAAGGAUUUCAGCGGAUUCUACAGAUGCUCGGUGGCACCAACAUCUCGGGCCAGCCAAACCUGAGGGGGAUGGCACCCCCUAAUGGCACCCGUCAGGCCGUCCGACUAGACUUUCAGCAUCCACAAGGCGAUGACGGUGCUGCCAUGCUAACACAAAUUCGCCAACAGAUGCCACGGGGUCGCGAGGACCGACAAUAUACUGAAAACCUAGUUGCUCCCAAGCCGUCUGGUCCAGAUCUUAGGUCGCCGGCCGGCAUGUUUGGUAUACAUUCGCCGGAGAAUGAAUCUGGACCUGAUCAGUAUCGCUUUGCACGACCCGAAUCAGGUCGUCCCGCUGAAGACUUUCCGUUCCCACCGCCAGCUCGAAAUGGUAGAAGUCAAGAUACCCUGAUUUCGCAGGCCUUAGCCAAGGCUCAGGUAGCUCAGGAGCCAUUCCGAGACAGCAAGCGUGACUUUUUGCUUACGCUUAUGCAGCAGCCGUCUCGUGGAACGCCUCCGCAAAUGAGUGGACAUAACCUCCCCCGACAACCCUCUGACAACUUCCUGUCGUUCAUGGACAAUAAUGCGUUGCAAGGGCCAGGGGCGCCCAAGAGUCGUGGCCCACCACCUGGAAUAUACGACGACCCCCGUAUGUAUUCGGACAACGAAAUGCUCAGGCGCGAAGCCAAUCUCCGAGAAGCAAGCAUUCGAGAAGCCAACAUGAGGGAUGCGAGUUUGCGCGAAGCGAGUAUUCGCGAGGCCAAUAUGCGAGAAGCUAGCAUCCGUGAGGCCAACAUACGCGAUGCCAACAUGCGGGACGCCAAUAUGCGCGAAGGUAUGCCUUCAAAUGAUCCAUUGCGCAAGGCCAUGGGACGCCCGCCACCCGGCAUCUAUGACGAUCCUUCGAUUGCGGGCUUGACGCGACGCAAUACGACGGAGAACAUGCCUCGUCAACCGACCAAUAUGGGCAUUCCCCAGCAGCCCGUCUCUGACCUUCCUCUGUGGAUGAAAGGACCAGGCAUGCCGCAACCAUCUUCCGAGCGCAACGUCGCACCUCCUCCAGGCUUUCCGCCAACUGCUAUGCGGCAGCCGCCUGGAUUCGGUGGCCCACCUGUUGGCAACCAGCCUAACAUGCCUUUCUCGGCCGGUAACACUCCGCUUGGACAUCCUGGCAUCGUACCGCCUCGAGGCAUGGGCGGACCUGGGGGCAUGUUUGCUGGCCAACCUCCGGGACAAAUGCCACCUCCCGGUCCUCCUGGCGGCUAUUUUGGUGGGCCUCCGGGCUUUGGUCCUAUGGGCAUGCCACGGGGAGACGAUCCUCGCAUGAUGAUGGGUCCACGUCGCCCAGAGUACGAACAAUUCAAUCGAGACCCCAAUGCUCCCCGCCCAAGACCGGGAGACAUGUUUGGGAUGUAGCGUGUGGCCCAGCCUACGUGCAUUCGAUCGGUAUACGACAUGGGAUAUGAUCUGGCUUGCACGUAGAAGUCACUUUAGGGAACGCCGUCGUCAUCAACAGCAUGUAAGGGCGAUUUUUGGUGACCGUCUUCCUGCAUAAACUCGGUAGCGUGGCGUCUGGAUUCAGCGACCGGCCUGUCCUGUUUUCUGCCGACGUCUACUGUGCCUUUCUAAUGGAGAUUGCUUUUGGAAGCCGGCCGCUUACCUUGAGCGUCGACGUAUGCGCUUUUCUCGAGCGUGCGCCUUCUACGUGUCUGGGUUGCCGCCAUCGUCUCUGAUGGGGGCUCGCUUAUGCGGCAAGACGAUGGCUGGCGAGAGCACGAGUGGAUAGUGCCGGCGCACUGUGUAGAUUAGGAAAUGGAGAAUGUUGGAAUAUCUUUGUGUGC